UGCAGCUGCAGCUAAUCUCGGGAGAGAAAUUAGACGUCAACAGAUGCUUGGGAGCUACCAACUUACUGGAUUCCCUGAAGGACAAAAGUGGAGUCCUUAUCAGAACGUCGCGCAUACGCAUCAUCAACAUGUAAGACCAAUCCAAUUACCCGCUCCACCACAAAUCAUUAUCCCUCAUGUUAACAGACAGGAAGCUACUGCUCAAGGAACAUGGGGUCAUUUCUGUCACAAUUUGCCAACGUAUGUCCCUGGAGUGAUCCGUAACGUUACGAUGCAUGGAAUUCGGCAGGCCAUCUUCUUGCGAGAUAGUACGUCCAAUAGACAGGGCACAGAGAAUCAAUCGCAAAUACCUUGUAUUUCACGAAAACGCGAACUCGAUAACACGCGUGACCUCUCUUAUCCGCCACCGGAACAUCAGCAGAUGCCCGCAGAAGCAUCUACAUCAGCGAUGCCCAGAAGAUGUGAGAUAAUUGAAGAAAUGAGAUGGCAAGCGAAUCCCGUAUCGGGUUCGAGGAUUUUUAAUGGAUUAUUAAUCCCAGCGACGAUGACGUCAAAGAGACCGAGGGAUCAGGAAAAAGAUCAUGAUCAUCAGUCCUCCGAGAGCUUCGAAUCGAAGAAGCCAAAUUUGACACAACCCUUGCCCGGAUUUCAUCAAGCUUUUGGCUCGACAGAAAUCGGGAAGUUCUCGAGAUCGGAAUAUUUCGCGAACAUGGUCGGCGAUAAGACUACCGGCGCAGAAGAGGAUAAGAAAGACGACGUAAGUCGGAUAGUGGCCACGUCGGAAGUGAAAGGCACGGUGGUACCGACGACGAUGACGACAACGACGACAACAACGACGACGACGUCAAAUUCAAAUUCAACGAGAAGAAAUUUUGACAAAGGAAAGUUCGAAAGUGAAGUCGUCGGAGCCAUUGAUCCGACGUCGACUUUUGACGUUGCCAUUGGUUCGAGCAACAAUAUUUUUCCAACGUCGUCGUCGUCAUCGUCAUCGUCAUCGACGUCAACCGAUGUUUAUGGCGGACAGCCCAUCGUCUCGCCUUGGCACAGUCCGCACGUCGGUCCUGUAGGUAGUGAAAUUUAAGUGUAUUAUCCAAUCAAAAAAAAAAAAACAAAAGAGGUUGCGAACAUUUUCGCGCCAUUUUAUUCGUUACGUUUUAGUGGUCUUCCCGUCGAGAAUCGAUCGAUCAUCAAAGAAGGAAAGUGAUUCGGUUUGUCCGAAAAAUGUGUGCCAAUGUAUGCUAACGAUGAUGAUGAUGAUGAUGAUGAUAAUGACAGUAAUGACGAUGACGGUAAUAGUAUCGUCGUUAUGACGACGAUAUUUUUUGGCAACACAAAUAGUCUUUUUAUCCGUGAAUAACAUGUAUAUGUGUAUAUACAUGUAAAUAUGUUUAUAUGCAGGAUGAAAAAUAUAACGUAAAUCGUCAUUCUUUUUCUGCUCGGAAAAGAUAUUUUCUCUUUUUUUUUUUUUUUUUUUUUCUAUUUUGUAUAAUUUAUAAUUUUACGAGACGAUCACAGUUUACCUACUUUUUUUUUUUUUUGGUAUUUUUAUUAAAUAUUUCAAAAUAUGUAAAGAUAGUUGCGUUAUAUGAUUCAGUCUAUAGAUUUGGUUAUCGAUGUUACAAUCAGGCUACUGAAAGAGAGAUAUAUAUAUACAUAUAUAUAUAUACACAUCACACAUAGAUAUAUUUAUAAUUCUUUCGUUAGGAAAGAGAUGGAGUUGUUCUCUUUGGUGAUCGAUCGACGAAAGACUCAUCGUCUUGAGAGUUCUGACGGUCUCUUUCACUUUCUCUUUAUUUCCUUCUCUUUCUCUCAUAAGUGUGACUUAGAUACUGAGUACCUUAUCGAGAAAUUAAAAUUAAUAUCAAAGAUCGUAUGUCGAGCUAUAAUCAAAAUAUAUAUAUAUACAGAUAUAUAUAUAUAUAUAUACAAUAUAUACAUUUUAGUUGAUUUAUCAACGAUCUAUAAAAGAAAAAUAAAACGAAGGAGAAGGAUGAAAAAAGAGAGAAGGAAAGAAAACGACCGACGAACGUAUGUUAUCCAGUAGGAUUAUUAAUUAAGCAAGAGCACGUAUCAACGCGCGAAUCAAAAAAAAAAAUUAAAAAGAAGAAAAUUAAAAAGUAAAGAAAAAAAGGACGAUUAAGAUGAUCAAUUUUACGCGCUGACGUUGCGAACAUGAGAAGGAGAGAAACCGACAGAUAAGCGUCUUUCUACUUCUAACAAAUAUUUCUCCAAAGGAAUGCACAAUUAAUCGCGACCAGUAUUCGCUUACGGAGCUGUUAAAAGAAAAGAUACAUAAAAAAAAGAAAGAAUAUUUUCUUCUAAUUGGAAUAAUAAUCUUAACAAAAAGAAAUAAUCUUUUAUCUCCCUUCCAUCUAUAUCUCUUCUCCAUAGUGAUAUACAACGUAUGUAACGUGAAGUAACAUAUUACAUUUUUAACAUUAUCUUUUAUUCGAAAAAUUGUCGAUGCCUUUAUCUAUGUAUUUAGUUAUAUUCGCGUUAAUUUAAAUUGAUAAGCAAAAAAGAGUUAUAUUUUUUUUAAUAAUGAUUUUACGUCUUGUAACGCAAAUCAUUUAUUAUGACAUAUAAUAAAUAUAUAAAGGAUUAAAAUUUUCAUUGAAAAGAGAAGAAGAUAAGCGUCAUAAAACUUAUACGUUCAUAAAGAAACGUUAAAAUUGUAGCAAACUCGAUGGAAAUUCCAUUUAGUUUAUUUGCAAAAUUCGAGAUACAAUGUUAUAGUAAAAUUGAAGUUAAAAAUUGAACGUGACAGUUUACGUUGUAUAUACGUAAUAUUUAUCGUAAAUUAUUCAUCGCUAUUUCCGUAAGCGAAGUGUGAACACGUAUCAAUGCAAGUUUCACUUGUAUCAAUUAAUCGAUCGAUCCAUCGAUCAGUUAUAUAAAUUUGGGAUAAAUUCGUGUCGGGCAUACCCUGUACCUACAAUGGGACCAAAUUAACAAAUAUUAAAAAAAAAAAAAAAGAAAGAAAGAAAGAAAGAAAGAAUCAAGGAACAACGUUUAUUUUGCGUUCACCGUCGCGCUUACGUCCUACGUAUUGUCGCACGAAGCGUUCUCUCAUUCUGUUCGCACGAUCGCUCGAAGAUUCGAUUCCAUUGGCCAAGUUUUGACGGCAAGUCCUCGUUAUGAUAUUCGGAUUUGCCGAAAUAAUCCACGAGAAAGAUCUAUCGCUAUCGAUUCACCGAAACAAACACAAAGAAGACUUUUACUUAUUCCUCUUAAUUAAUUAUACAUAAUCACCAUAAGUAGCGAAAUGAUCGAUUCGAUAGAGAACGUAUUUAUCGAUAGAUUAAUCUGAUAAAUUUUUACAUACGAGAACAUGCGUCUUAACUUAUUACCGUUGUUGUUAUUAUUAUUAUUAUUAUUAUUAUUAUUAUUAUUAUUAUUAUUAUUGUUAUUAUUACUUUUUUUUAUUUUUAUUUUUACUUUUACUUUUAUUUUUAUUCAAUACAAUGACGUGUAGAAACAUAGAGUGAAAGAUAUCGCAGCAGCUGUGUUCAGAUUCAUGCGUAGUACAACUUAAGAACGUUCUUCCUUCGAUGUAAGAAUUCUCACAAAGAGAUAUACGAAUUAUAGAAAAAGAAAUCAAGAUAUAUUGUAUAUGUAUGUAUAACGAACGAAGAUGAUAACACCGCGACAAAUUUAUCAUCGGUAAUUUUAUUGUUAUUUCUUCCUUCUUUUUUAUCUUCUUUUUUAUUUUUUAUUUCUUUGUUCCUUCUUCUUUUUUCUUUUUUUUUUUCUUUUUUUUUUUUAGAAAGACGGAAAGAAAUAACGAGAAAGAAAAUCAUUCGAAUCAGAUGUAACACAUAUCGAAAGGAAGAAAGGAAAGUCGCGUUUGCCGAGCUCAAAAUCGAUAUAUCGAGCCGUCGCGUAAUUUUUAUAUUUAUUUGUUUGUUAAGUAUGUUGCGUAAUUUAAAAAAAAAGCUAUAUCGAAACAACGAACGACGGUUAAAACGAUAAAGAUGUAAACGUUUGUGGGUACAAAAUUUUGCAUUUUCGAUCAUUUAUUAUUCGUGUAACGUUCGAUCGCGAACGGGGCACAGUUUUGAUAUAAUCGUCUCUACAAAGUAUUUUCAUUAUUAAUAUAAAGUUUAGUACAAAGUUUAGAAUUUCUGACGGCAAAAUAUUACAUAAGAAUAUGUAUUAAUACAGAAACACACAUAUAAACACCGAGAGAGACACACGUAUACACAGAAAUGAUAACAGGAUUAGUAAAACAUUGGCGAAGCAUGUAUUGUAUAUACGUAUGAGUUUAUUUUCUUCUUUUUUUUUUCUUUUAAAGGAAAUUAAAAAAAAAAGGAAAAGACGAUAUAAGAUCAACUUGUCAUAGCACGAACGAUACUCGCGAAAAGUCCUAAGUUCGAAAGGUCAACAAUAUGUAUGUAUAUGUAAGUAUGUAUGCGUGCACACAGCGAAGGAAAACAUUUGAAAAUAGAUGACAAAAAGAUACAAUAAUUUUAACAAAAUAAAUAAAUAAAUAAACAAAACUUAUGGCGAUCCAGUGUACAGUGAAUGAACGAACGAACGAACGAACGAACGAACGAAUACGCGCGUGUCCGUGCGACAGUAAAGAGAACGAAAUAUUAUAAAAU